CUUCUCCUCUGGGGAUCCAAUGCAAUUGUCGCUCACAGGACAAUGCAUGCUAGAGAGCCUGGCCAACUAUAAAUAGUCCAGCAGCCUACGCAUGCUCAUGUUUGAUUGGAAAUUGCAGUGCCUUAGGUCAGUGCCGUGGGGUAUCUGUCAAAGGAGGGAGAGAAACUUGUGAAUGCCAAAAGAAAAGUGACAACACAAACUUUUGUCCUCUGAAGAACUUUUUUCCCUUCUGAGUAUUCCUUUUUUGGGUGAAAAAUGGGUUCACGGAGGACGAUGACACGCUCCUCUUCUAGCAAUGGAAGAUCCAGCGAUGGGGAUAAUAUCAGCGGGAGUAGCCGGCCUAGUGGUUGCAGCUACCUCUCUAACGUGAGGCCAGAGAACAGGAGCACACUCUGCAGCGUGAUGGCCCAGUUAACUGAGGAAACACAGCCCUCCUUUGAAACUACCCUCAAGUCAAAAGCUGUGUCUGAGAAUUGCAAUGUGAAGUUCUUUUGUGUGGUUACAGGAUACCCUACUCCUCAAGUUACUUGGUAUAAGGAUGAUAUGCAGUUAGACAGAUACUGUGGACUGCCUAAAUAUGAAAUAUUUCGCAAUGGACAAAACUAUUCCCUGCACAUUUACAAUUGCACUGUGGAGGAUGCAGCUAUAUACCAGGCCUCAGCCAGCAACAGUAAAGGUAUUGUGUCCUGCUCUGGGGUCCUGGAGGUGGGUGAAAUGAACGAGUUCAAGAUCCACCAGCGCUACUUUGCCAAGCUCAAACAAAAGGCAGAGAGCAGACGCAGGGAAGCGGAAGGUAAAGAAAACCAGGAGCCGAUACGAACCAUCAGUCCAGACCGCACGCAGAGGAAACGCCGUUCCACAAUGGAGGCCUUUCUCAGCACACCAAGCUCCAUGGAGGAUGAGGGCAAUGAACAGAGCCAUCAGGCUGUAGUGGUAGAGACUGUGGCCCGGUUACAGGAGGCAACUGUGGAAGAGGUGGAGGAAAAGCCUGUCCCCAUCGCUAAUGGAGCUGUGUCUGCUGUAACUAAUGGACAAACCAUCAGUGAAAAUGGCAACAAGAGCGGGACAUAUAUUUAUGACUCUGCCCAGAAAAUUUUUACUGUUCACCAACCCAAAACUCCCUUUGUCAAAAAGAAGAUUAAAAUUUCCAACAGUACACCAGGAGAGCAGGCAUCUGAGGAGAGGAGGGCAAUAAAUGAGACCUUAACCUCUGUAGCUAUAGCCUGCACAGAGUCAGUACAGUCUGAGGGGAAUUCAGAAGAGUUUAUGGAAGUAGAGAACACUGAUAGUUCAUCAGCUGUGGAUUCAGACUGCAGAAACAUGACAGAACAACGUCAGAAAGCAGAAACAGAGGAAGUAUUGUUAGCUAAAAGGCCUUUAAAGAAUGAAAACAUAUGUGUUGAGGUAGCUGUGCCUUCACAGAAAGAACAGCUCACUGCUUCAGUACCCCCAGCUGCUCUUACAUCUACAAGUCAUAAGACUGUGUCAGAAACUGAAGGUAAAAAAGCUGCAAAGCAUGAGAAGGAAGCUGGAAGCAAAGAUACAGAACAAAAUGUGGCAAUGCAGAACCAAAGUCCUCACUUAUCCUCAACAGAAGGACAGUCAGGUGCUGCAGCAGAACCUCAACAACCCCUAAGCAUAGUUAAAGGGAACAUUUCUAAAACAGAACAUGUUACAGUCAUGGAUGUUGGCGAGAAGUCAAAGACUUCCACGGGUGGAUGUUUACCACAAGGAGAGCCGGUGAACGCACCGUGUGAAAACAGGAAUGCUUUACCUCAGUGUCCACAUAAACAGCCUGGAGAUCAGCUGUCUGCGAAGGAAACAAGCCCCCGCCAAAAUAAUGUGUCUGUGUCUGCCGUGCUGAAUGAGGUUACACAGGCCCAUACAACGAUGAGCAGGAAUGAUGCACCUGUCAGCAUUGAGCUUCCACCCAACCAGAUGGACGUGCAACCACCACAAAAGACUCUAUCAGAGAGAGAGACCACGACAGAUGACAUCCAGACCCCUUCAUUGCACAGUGGUCUACAAGUAGCAAUGGACAAAAUGACACAGGACACAUGGGAUCAUUCCAGGGGAUCAAAUGAAAGCCAUACAGUCCUUUUUACAGACCUACAGAAGUCAACCCUCCAAAGCCCCGGUGGUGGUGAGAACACCCAAGGGUGUAACGUUUCUUCCAGCGCCCAGCAAAGCCAAGUUGAUACAGCUAUAAAAACCUUUGAAGGGACAGAAAUACAAGUUAGUGAGAAGGUAGAGGGUAACGAGGUAGGUGAGUUACUAGUGCAGUCUGACAUUGUGGCCCCAAAUGAGAAGAAAGUUGAGAUGGAGACUGAAAGUGCUGCUCUGCAUAUAAUAGAACACACUGAAACAGAAAUCACCAAAGGUGCAGCAGAUAAAGACACUAAUGCUAUCAUUGUGGAUGUAUGUAAUAAAGAAACUGAGAAGAAUGAGCAUAUAUUAAAAAUGGCGGAGGGAACUAGUUCAGCAUUAAAUAAUCUGAAGUCAUCUCGAUAUGAGCCUGCUAUCCCACUCCUAACAAAAACUCAAAAAAACACAAACAUAUCCGAACUCCAGAUUAAAGACUUCCAGGAAAUUCACAAACCUGUAACAAAAGUCAUAUCUGUAGCUGAACUUUUGAGAUCACAAUUAAAGGCUCUUGACUCUACACUAGAAAAUUCUGUGACCGCCAUAGCGGUCAAUGCUGGCUUUGUACAAGAUCUAACUACAGCUGUGACAAAAACAUGUGAUGAGUUAAAAGAGGAUGGCAGCAAACUGGAAGUGAAGAAGUCUGACAAGAAAACUGAGACAAGUAUUACUCCUCCUAGGAACAUAAAGGAAACCCUCAUGGAGGUUUAUAAUCAACUAUAUAAAACGGAUCAGGAACAAAUUCAGUCUCAAGGUGCAACUUCACCGCCUGUUCAGGCUUUACAAAAACCUCUUGUAAUCCCACCCAUCUCUGUCGUAGACACUUGCACCACUAUAGAGACUGCAGGACUUCAGGACAGUGACAAAAGAUAUAAUGAAGGUUUUUUAAACAUUGGACAGGAAACUGGAGCAUCUACUAUGGUUCCUCUGAAAGAUUGCCCUGUUGUAUUGCUUUCUGGGAGUGAAAAUGUCAAACACAAUUUUCCCCCUUCGACUUCUGAGGACGAACUUACCAAAAGACUUACAUGUGGAACUGUCAGUCCAGAACCUGGGACUCCACUUGCAGUGAUAAAGGCCAGCAGUCAAAAGGUAAAUAUUACAGUUUUGGAGCAUGCCAAAGGUGACCCUGUUCAAAGCAAGGACAUGUUAACCUCAGAAACACAACUAAACAGCAAAACUGUAAAGGGGAUUCCUGAAAUGAAUUCCACAACACUAGAUCAAUACAAAAUAGAAGAAUAUGACACAAAGAACUGUUCUUUGCAGAGUGCAAAAAGGAUUCCCACUAAAAGUGUACUUGGCACAGAUACACAAGAGGAAGAGGACAGUUCUAUGGUUGAGGAUUUUCCAAGGACUGACUCCUUCAGCAAUCCAACUCCUGAGGCUAGUCCAUUGUUAAAGAAAAGAGAGAGUGUUUCUCCCAUUCCUUCGGCUACUCCACAAGAGCUGGCAUCUGGGGCCAGACGCAAAAUACUAGUACCUAAGGCCAAACCUGAGGAGGCCUCAGAGGCCACAUCACCAGUUGAUAACCAAAUUCAGAAAAAGGAAGUUCCUACAGAGAACAGCAAGCUUUUUGCAAGUCCUGUGACCUUCUCUACGUCUCCAAGCCUGUCACGACGGUCACCUCUGCUUCAGAGGCGUGGGGAGCAAACGUCCCCUGGAGAAAGGCGUUCUCCGCUCUUAAGCAGGAGGAAGACGACAUCUGAGACUCAAGCACCAAGCCGGCCGCCUGCUGAGGAGCUCCACAGCCCCAUAACUGAGGUGAAACCUGCAGAGAAGGACAAGCAUGACCCAUUCAAAGCUCCUCAAGUUAUUCGUAAGAUCAGGGGCGAAACCUUCGCAGACGCUUCAGGACACUUGAAACUGUGGUGCCAGUUCUUCAACGUUCUUAGUGACUCUACAAUCAAAUGGUACAGAAAUGAAGAGAGGAUUGCUCAGAUUAUAAAAAAUGCAGGGGAUGAAACUCAGGUCAAUCUUGCCAUUGUUCAGGCAUCAUGCAAAGACUCUGGUGUUUACGGAUGCACAAUCACAAAUGAAUAUGGAACCGACUCCACAGAUUGUCUUCUUAGUGCAGAUAUUUUGGCUGGAAUGUCCCUACGUGAGGACCUUGGUGUUGGAGAGGAAAUCGAAAUGACACCCAUGAUAUUCAACAAGGGUGUGGCUGAUUCUGGUGUCUGGGGUAACAAAUUAUUUGGCCGUAUAAUGAUGCAGGAAUCUCAUAUUGGUGAUGGCUGUUCUCAUAAAGUCUGGAGGGCAAAAGUCAUCUAUGGUCUGGAGCCUGUGUUCGAGUCUGGAAACACAUGUAUCAUUAAAGUGCGCAACCCCAUUGCCUAUGGAGGCAAAGCAGAAAGCUGUCUUAUAGACAGGAACCUCGACAUUAUCAAGCAGGAGUGUAAAAUUCAGAACUUGGCUCGUGAAUACUGCAAAAUCUUCUCAGCAGAGGCAAGAGUGAUUGAAAACUUUGGCCCCUCUCUUGAGGUGAUUCCAGUCUACCUGAUGUACCGACCAGCAAAUACAGUCCCUUAUGCAUCAGUAGAGGCUGAUCUGACAGGAGUCUAUCAGAAAUACUCUGUCCUGGAUGAGACAGGCAGAAUAGACAUGAGGUCUGGCUCUGAGGCGGAGCAGAAGUGCUGUGCACUGCAGCACUGGAUCUUUCAGUGGACCAAUGGCAAUCUGCUACUCACUCGGCUAGAAGGUGUUGGCACCAAGAUCACCAAUGUCGGGAUUUCAGUCAAAUCGACAGGGCAUCAAUUGCUGUCUGUUGAAGGGAAUCCCAAAGUUUUUGAGCAAUUUGUCUCCCAGCACCAGUGUAACUAUUUCUGUGGUCUGCUCAGCCUGAGGUCACUAAAGGUCAUAGACUCUUUAUUGACGCCAAUGAAGCCCAAGGGCUCCAAGAGCCCGUUACUUCAACGCAAAAUGGCUGCUGGCUCCUCCAGCCCUCAGAUUGGCCGGAAAGCUGCUGGCAGCCCCCGACUGCCCAGGAAGACUGAGCCAGAGGGCAGAAAGACCCCCACAACACAAAAAGCUGCUGAUGCUCCCAAAGAUGUUAAUCACAAAAUUAUCACUCAAUAAGACAUGAAAGAUCUCACAUUUAUUCAUUGGAGCAGUAUUCUGAUCAAAUGCCAUUGAUUUUCUACGUGAUGAAGUCCUAAACCAGAAAUGGUUCUCUGUUGGGUAUGUAUCAGCAAAACAGCCCAGGAGGAAGAGACAGAAAGAAGGCUGAUAUACUUCUAUGAGAGGGGCAUACAACCAUUCAGAUACCAGGAAAGAGAUUAAUAAUAAUAAUAAUAAUAAUAAUAUGACUUAACUAUUUAAUUUUAACAGCCACCAUUCCUUGCUAUUUUCACUUAUUGUGGAUUGAUGCCCUCACGUGUUGUGGUGUUUUUAUAUUGUAGCCUUCAUUCAACCAAUCUUAGGGUUGAAACUACAGCGCAGUAGCAAGUAAUAACUUUCCUGGGUUUGUAUUCUAUCAAUCCCUGUACCGUUGUAGGUCACAGAUUGUGAAUCCCAAUCUCAGGUCAGCGUAUUUGUACUAAAUGAAUGUGCAAGAUAAAAAAAAUUGAACUGAAGUGGUAUUAUAUGUAGUCUUAGUGUCCUUGUAAAUGGAAAAGCACAAUCAUGUAUCUGUUGUAGUCACCCUUUUGAGAAUGUAGAGCAGUUAUUAUGUCAAUUAAACCAUAACAGAUACACACUACUGCACAUUUUUAAGGCUGGGAGAAAACAACCUAUAUUUUUUCAGAAUUGUAUCAAGCCAAAUAGCUUCACAUGAAACUGUUGUAAAGUGGCAAAAGGUGCUGUGCUUUUAUACUGUAACUGUUUACUUGCUGUUCUACAUUGCACUGCAUUUUUAGAAACUGCACCUUUGAAUGCAACUGGCUGUAAAAUAAAAGAUAUGAUUUUGGCUUGUA